CUAGCGGCUUAAAGCCUCUGUCAACAACACUGAGUUCUUUCUUUCCAGUCUAACCUAGAAAAAACACAUUAGCAAACUCUGAAAAAGAGUAAAAAAGAAUGAAAAAAAUUGCAUUGAAGUUUUUACUUUGCGAGAAAAUAAAUGAAGAUACUACUACCUCACUAGUUCUCUAUUGAAAUCUACAACUUAUCUUGAAAUUGGAAUCUACAGUGUGGUUUGUCAAUACUUAAUUUUGACUCUUUUGAUCAUUUCAUUAAUUACAACAAUAACUAAUAAAGGAAAUCAUCAAACAUGAAAUUGUAUUGUCUGAGCAGUCAUCCUAGUAAACCAUGCCAUGUGCUACGAUUCAAAGGAAUCACUAUGAUGUUGGACUGUGGGCUUUCUGCACAAACGGUGCUUAGUUUCUUACCGUUACCCUUAGUACCAUCAGCACGUUUGAGUGGCUUACCCAAUUGGAUGCCUCAUGGUUGUAGUAAUGCUCAGCUAGAAGGGGAAUUGAAAGAUUGCUGUGGCAGGGUAUUUAUUGACUCAGCACCUGAGUUUUGUGUGCCUCAGGAGAAAAUUGUAGACUUCUCUGAGAUAGAUGUCAUUCUUAUAUCUAACUACCUUUGUAUGAUGGCUCUACCAUUUAUAACUGAAGGAACUGGAUUUGAGGGUGUGGUGUAUGCAACCGAACCUACGCUACACAUUGGGAGAUUUUUCCUUGAGGAACUUGUACAAUAUAUUGAGCAAACUCCCAAAGCAUCCCUAGCUUCUCAUUGGAAAGAUAUAUUGCAUUUUUUGCCUCCACCAUUAUGUGAUUCUUUAAAACCACGAUCCUGGCGCCACCUCUACUCUUUAUCUGCUGUCAACAGCAGCCUUUCUCGAAUACAAAUGGUUGGAUAUGACGAAAAACUUGAUGUUUAUGGUGCUUUGAAAGUAACACCAGUGAGUUCAGGUUUUUGUCUGGGAAGCAGUAACUGGAUUAUUAGCUCUGACCAUGAGAAAGUUGCAUAUAUAAGUGGCUCAUCAACAUUAACAACGCAUCCAAGGCCUAUGGAUCAAUCUGCUCUGAAAAAUGCAGAUGUUUUAAUUAUGACUGGCCUUACUCAAACCCCUCUCUGCAAUCCUGACUCCAUGCUUGGCGAGCUUUGUAUUACUGUUUCCACUACUUUGCGGUCUGGAGGGUGUGUUUUAAUGCCAUGUUAUCCAUCUGGUGUGAUAUAUGAUCUCUUUGAAUGUUUAUCUGGACAUCUCGAAAACUUGGGACUCACUCAAGUUCCAAUGUAUUUUAUUUCACCUGUUGCUGAUACCUCAUUAGGUUAUUCCAAUAUUUUAGCAGAGUGGUUGUCUCAAGGAAAGCAAAACAAGGUGUAUCUUCCAGAGGAACCUUUCCCUCAUGCAUUCCUUAUCAAGAAUAACCGUUUAAAGCAUUUUAAAAAUAUUUAUGCAGAAGGCUUUAGCACAGAAUACAGACAGCCAUGUGUAGUAUUUUGUGGACACCCAAGCCUGAGGUUUGGUGAUUCAGUUCACUUUAUGGAGCUGUGGGGUUCCAACUCUCAACAUGCUGUUGUUUUCACAGAGCCUGAUUUUCCAUACUUAGAAGCACUAGCUCCUUUCCAGCCCCUAGCAAUGAAGGCAAUGCAUUGUCCCAUUGAUACAUCUUUAAACUUCACCCAAGGAAAUAAGCUUGUGCGAGACCUAAAGCCAACAACACUAGUUAUACCUGAAUCCUAUUUGAAGCCACCUGUGGAGGCCCCCAGCAGAACAGACUUGGUCAUAGAACAGACUGACAAAAACAACAUAAUUUCAUUUAAAGGGGGAGAUGUUUUAACUCUGCCUUUAAAAAGGAAACGGGCUAGGGUCAAUUUAAGUCCCGAAGUUUGUAACAAACUUGUAGUCAAUGAAAUUCGUAUGGGAGUCAACCUGGCUACUCUUACAGGACAGUUACAAGUCAAAGACAACCAUCACCACAUUCAGGUUUUGGAACCAAGCGGAACUAGCAAUCAGGGAAACAACCCUUCAACUAAAAAGCUUCCUCGGCGUCCAGAAGAAACUCUAUCUCAAAUGCGCUAUGAAUGGGGUUCUCUUGAUCUUGACACUUUCAUCCAGCGGCUUCGAGAAGAUGUUGGCAUUGCAGAGGCCAAAGUAGAGCAGAACUCAAAUGGAUACAUCAUACAUCUCCCCAAGGAAGAUGCUCUCAUUAUUGUUGAGGAUAAAUCAACUCAUGUAAACUGCGACCCAGAGCUGAGGUACAAGUUACGUAAAGUACUACUUCAGUGCCUGAAUAGAAUAUAAGGUUUACAGUUAAGUUCAUAAUAUAGGAAAAAAAGUUUAUUAAAUAAACUUUAUUAAUUUCUUUUUAUAAAAACAACUUAAAUUACUUGUACCUUAGUUCACUGAAACAGUAUAAGAAUGAAUAUGAAAUACAAGCUGCAAAUUAAGUGGACAUGA